AUGCGUCUGCGUGUGCGAGGCCCCCAAGGAGUGGCUGCGAUCACGAUCGACGACAAUGCAACCUGGUCAGAUCUACAGCACGAGAUCAGUGAGAAGACUGGCGUACCAGACUUCGACCUCAAAUAUGGUUACCCACCUCAAGCAUUGAACACCGAAUCCAUCGACGGUGCAACGAAGCUAGCAGAUCUAUCAGUGAAGCUCGGCGGCGAACAGCUCACUGUCGCGCCACGGAACAUUCAGGCCAGCCUCUCCAAUCCCAUGGCGAACACGAAACCACAGACCGUGAAACCUUUGCCAUCGAGAGACCAGACCGCGCCACCCGCAUAUCAACAGGGCGACUUCCCUGACCAGCAGCUCUCCCUGCAACGCUCAACCAAGAAGACUGGCGAUGUCGAGAGUGAUCCUCCCGAGGUACCUGUCCCACAAUUGGAAGGCGUGAUGAUCCUCCGAGUGAUGCCAGACGACAACAGCUGCAUGUUCCGCGCCUUGUCAUCAGCAGUCCUCGGCUCAGCACUGGACGGGAUGACCGAACUCCGCUCCAUCGUUGCCCAAACAAUCCAAGCUAACCCAGAGCUCUACACGAAAGGAAUGCUAGAAAAGGAGCCGAGCGACUACUGCAAAUGGAUUUCUCGCGAGGACAGUUGGGGAGGCGGGAUAGAACUUUCCGUCUUAUCGCAGCAUUUUGAUAUCGAAAUCGCGUCAAUCAACGUCCAAGACGUCCGGAUCGAUCGCUUCAAUGAAGGUCGUCCGACAAGAUGUAUCCUGGUGUACUCAGGCAUCCAUUACGAUGUAGUCGCCGUGACGCCCUUCGCCGGAGCAGAUCCGGAAUUUGACCGGAAAGUCUUCGACGUCGUGCGGACGGGCGAUGAAGAAAUGGAUGGAGGUGCUCUGGGGGCUGCGAGAGAGCUUUGCAAGGUUCUGCAGGGAAGGCAUUACUUCACUGAUACGCAUGGUUUCGAUGUGCUGUGCAAUCAAUGCGGGCAGAGUGGUAAGGGCCAGAUGUGGGCUGUGGAACAUGCCAGGACUACGGGACAUACGAACUUCGGCGAGCCAGAUGGCUGA